AUGCCGUCUCCUCACUCUCGGCAGAGACGUUCGUCUAGCCGCCUCGCGCGCGAGAGGUCACUGAGCACUGCAUCAAGUGUUACCUUGGCUGGCAACGGUUUCGAUAACCCAAUCGAACUUGACCCCGGAGCAAUUUUCACCGGAGAAAUCAUCGACCUCACAGGCGAACAUACACAAACGCUGAAUAUUCUACGGAGCGGGGAGGAUCGCCUUAACCAAGUCCGAGUCAAGGGCCAGGUAUUCCGAGCCGGCGAUGUUGUCGAAGUUUCCAACUGCUCGCUGGGCCUGCACCCUGUCGAGUUCCUACAAAUCAAAAUCGUGGUUGGGCAUCAAAACGGGGACGUGAUCCUUCGCGGUAUACCAUUUUCGCGCACGCGGAACAUGUUAGGCAAACUUCCCAAGAAGUCGAAUGAAGUGUGCAAGCUCCUUCACUUUAAGCAAUGCAGCCAGGAACGGUUGGAAGAUGCACCUCUGUUUUUUGACGUCUACCACCACGACGCCAUCCGGAAGCGUCAUCUCAUCUUCACCAAUGCGAUAUACCCCGAUAAUUCUUCCAAUGAGAUAGCAAUGCCGUCGACCGGGACUAUGGGGCGAUCUCGAAGACGGAACGAAGAAUGUGGAUUGCUCAUAUGUCGCUGGGCCUUGAAAGUCAUUUCGAUUUCGCACGGUCGCCGGAGCAAGCCAGAGGAGGAAGUUCUCGAACGGCUACCUUCUGCUGAUGUUCCUGACCCUCGAUACAAGCUAUCAGAGGAAACUCUCUGCAACAGGUGGCGCGGAGGGCGAACUAGAGGCGGCUCGUGGGACGACACGCAGACACCCUACGCUUGCCCUAGCGCCAUUGUUGACCUUGAAAACGACGCCAGUGAACUAUCGGCCAGCUCUUGCAGAGCGUCACGAAAGUACACCUUAUUUGACGCCUUCUCAGGGGCUGGUGGCGUAUCUCGCGGCGCUCAGAUAGUCGGGCUCAAGGUCUUGUACGCUGUUGACAAAUCUCCCGACGUGUGGGAGACAUACCAAGAGAAUUUUCCAGAGACUCUCUUGUACGAGAUGUCUGUGGACCAGUUUAUCCAGUCGACGCAGGAGGAACGAAUCCGAGUGGAUGUUUUGCACUUGUCUCCUCCAUGCCAAUAUUUUUCCCCGGCACACACGCAACAGUCAGUCCACGACGACGACAACAUAUUCGCCCUGUUUGGGUGCAACGAGUUGAUCAACAAGACCCGGCCUCGGAUCAUUACGGUCGAACAGACCUUUGGCAUUACCCACGACAAACACCAUCAAUACCUUCGGUGUCUCAUCGGAGACUUUACACAAUUUGGGUAUUCCGUGCGAUGGAAGGUCGUUCGUCUGUGCACUUGGGGCUCGGCGCAAGACAGAAAGCGGCUGGUGGUUAUUGCCGCUGCUCCUGGAGAAGCUCUGCCUCCUUUCCCAGAGCCUACACACUCUGAGAGAGGUGGAGGUGGUCUCCAACCCUUCACGACAGUUCGGCAGGCAAUCAGAGGCAUCAGAAACACAGAUAGCUUGCACGACCUUCACCACAUUCGGCAUUUCAACCCACCACGGCCGCGAAUUCCUAAUGAUCGCCUUGCCGGUACAAUCACCACAGGAUCCGGAGACUUUUACCACCCAGACGGCCAUCGGGAACUCUCCCUUCGAGAGUAUGCUUGCCUUCAAGGCUUCCCCAGGCACCAUUACUUUGCUGGUAACAAGACCAGCAUCCGGAGACAAAUUGGAAACGCGUUCCCACCCAACACUGUUGCCGUAUUGUACCAACACAUACAGGAUUGGCUUUUGAAACAGGAUGGCUUUGAACCACGCCAAAGUUCACGGGAAAACGGGAUCUUUAGCGACAAUGAAAACGAUUGGAGCGUUGAUCGGGCCGCCAUGCCUAUUGGUGAAUGUCCGCGGCCGGCUGUGGAUAACACCAUGGAAAUUGACGAGGAUAUUGUUGACCUCACGAGGGAUGACUUUGUGGAGUGUCGUGAAGUCAUAGACUUGACGGUUUGA